ACUCACCUACCUAAAAGAAAAAAAUCUCGACAUUAUCGACUCUCGAUACCCACCGGCGAGUAUCUCUCUCUCUCAAACGAUAUCGACUCCGGUAGCUUCUCCCACCGGCGAGGAUCGACGACUCCGGCAGCUUCUCCCACCGGCGACGACUCUGAGAGGAGACACACGGUUUGAAGGUCGUGAGCUUUUGAGGUUCACCCGAGAACAACUGCUUCAGCUUAGAGAGGCGAUCCAAGUCUCUUAUGAAAUCCUGAAGCUUAGUCAGGAGAUUGCAUCUGAUCUUUUUGGCGAAGAGCAGAGCUGGAGCCAUUGAGAAAGUAAGCUAUGGAAACAGAAUUUCCUAAACGCCUGUUUAGAGAUGGAUUUGAGCCACAAGUGAAGAAGAUUAACAAUUCCUGUCGAAUUUCUAUCUUGGGCAAAGUCAAACAAGCAUUACCUAAAGAGUAUGAGAAGGUGAAGAAUGAUCCAGUCUUUUCACAUGUCUUUGCACUCUACGAGAAUGGUUUAGGGUAUUCAGGACGUUUGAUACACAGCAUGAUGUCUAGGCAAUUGGUUACAAAGAAAAAAAGAGAGAUAUGGUUUGUGUUUGGAGGGAAGCCACUCAGAUUUUCAAUGCAAGAGUUUCAUGCUGUGACUGGGCUCAAAUGCACUGCCGAUUCUAGUUGUGAUUUAGAGAAUUGGAAAGAUGAUGGUGGGUUUUGGAGCAAAUUGAUGAAGAGAAAAGCUGGGUUGGUUAUGGCUAAGGAUGAGAAAAAGUAUAUUCCACUCAAAUACAUCCAGAUGGUAAUGGAUCUUGAUAAGGUGAGGACUUAUCCUUGGGGUCUUAAAGCUUUUAAAAGUCUUGCUAAGUCUAUCAUAGAAAAAAGAGAAGAUUUGAAGAAGAUCAAUAGCUAUGCAUUAGAUGGUUUCUCAUAUGCAUUUCAAAUAUGGGUGAUGGAGGCAAUUCCAGACAUUGGAAAGUUGUUGGGAGAAAAGAUUAUCACUGAGUUUAGAGAAGCUCCUCGAUGUUCUAACUGGAAAGGCGCAGCCAAAGUAUCAUAUGAUGAUAUCAUCCAACUAGAAAGUACAUUUGGACCGAAGGAUAUUGUUUAUCCAUACAUAUCUAUUACUGGCGAUUUCGACGUUGUUGACUCCAUUGAGUUUUUAUGGCGUGACGAAACAAGCGAUGGUGAAGUCGAUAAUUUGAAAGAUAAGAUCAGUUCUGGAAAUGAUUUUGGAGACCAUAUUUGGGGAACUGUACAAGUUGAUGAUGUGGAGGGUGAACAUAUUCAAUUAAAAGAUGAUGUUGGCAGUGAGGUGUGUGAAGAAAAUCAAGGGUCUAGUGCAACAAAGAGUGGUGAGAGUAUGCAAGCUGCUAAUGAUGAAGAAUCAGGUUGCAAGAGGAAGAGACAACCUGAUCAUGGUGCAGAGAGGAGGAAAAAGAAACUGCUCUAUGAGCGAGCAGCAACAACACAUCGAGCUGCAACAGAUGAACAAAUGAAGUCCUUUAUUAGUGUGUUUGAGACUUGUUUCAAGAGUUUUGAGAAGAAGGUUGACAGCCGAUUGGAAAAAAUAGAAAAGGAUGUCUCACUCUUGAAGGAUACUUUAACUUCAGCUGGAAUUACAAUAAGCACUCAAGCCAUGGUUGAUCAACCAUCCUUUCCAGCAGAAAAGAAGAGUAAAUCUGUGAAAUCAGUAGGGCACCUAUCUCAAAAAGCAGAUGUACUUGGGUUUGAUCCUACACAAAAUGUAUUGUGCAAAGAUGACAUACGGAGAUUGAAUACUACAAACGCGGGCGAAUUUGACAUGGAUUCUGUUUUGGUGUUCGUUUCUGAUGAUCGAUUCAAUGCUUUUGCAGAGUGGCAUAGAACAAGGGGAAUGAUUCAGUUGGGUCCAAGUUUAAUUAACGAGGAAUUACUAAAGCGAGUCAUGACAAGCAACGUUUGGCUUCAUAAUCCGGAAAUGGAUGCUAUGAUGUAUAUAUUUCGGGAGAAUACAUCUUUAGGCCGACUGAAGUCAAAUCGUGUUGGCUUCAUGAAUUGUUUGUUUAGCAUGCAAAUCAAAAACGAAUAUUUGAAGUUUAGAGAAGGUAAAAAAGGCCACAAGUGGGAUUCUAUGAUCUUGGGUUAUGCAAACGGUGACUUGCCUUCUCAUGGAAAGACGGGGAAGAAAUGGGCAUUAGACUUCGACAGAGUUUACGCUCCUGUGAACAUCAGUAAUAAGCAUUGGAUAUCUGUGUGCAUUAAUUUUGCCCUAAGAACUGUUGAAGUAUUUGAUUGUUCUGGUAUGACCCACAGAAGUCAUGUGGAUCCAUUUGCAAUCCUCAUCCCUCGACUUGUGAAGGAAGUUCAGACCAAGAGAUAUGGUAAAUAUCUUCAUUUGUCUCCAUAUUCUAUUAUUUUUGCUUCAGUGCCACAAAAUCUUAAUAAGUCAUGCUGUGAUUGCGGAGUGUAUGCACUUAAAUACAUAGAGUGUCAUAUGCAUAAUCUGGAUUUGAGUUUGAUAAACGAUGACAACAUUAAAGAAGCUCGUACGAAGAUUGCAGUUGACUUGUGGGAAGCAGCAUCUGAUCAUGUGUUCAUUGAGCGAAUGAAGAAGUAUGAGCCUCCACCUUCAUCGCCUCAUAUUGUAGAAUUAUGA